AUGACCGUCAACCGCAGCGAGUACAACGCCACGCCGGGCGAACGCUACGAUGUCGUCGGGCCGAAGGAGUCGGACUUGCUGAGGGAGACGGCCACUUCGAAGGUCAGACCCAGAAUCAGAAGCGACUUCCAAGCAGGGACAGACAUCUGGAACAAGGAAGGCGGCGUCGAGCAGAUGACCGUCAACCGCAGCGAGUACAGCCAAGGCCGGCGAACGCUACGAUGUCGUCGCCGAAGGAACAUCUGGAACAAGGAAGGCGGCGUCGAGCAGAUGACCGUCAACCGCAGCGAGUACAGCGCCAGGCCUGGCGAACGCUACGAUGUCGUCGCCGAAGGAGUCAGACCCAGAAUCAGAAGCGACUUCCAAGCAGGACGAGGCGAUCGCUAUGAUGCUGUGAAGCCUGGAGCAUCAGACAUCUGGAACAAGGAAGGCGGCGUCGAGCAGAUGACCGUCAACCGCAGCGAGUACAGCGCCAAGGCUGGCGAACGCUACGAUGUCGUCAAGCCGAAGGAGUCGGACUUGUUGAGGGGAGACGGCCACUUCGAAG